AUGGAAGGAUCCUCAAAUAAGAUCACAAAACUUACUCAGACAAUUCCUGACGAUCUGGUGGAGCACAUCAUCUCCAUGUAUCUUCCAGUGCAAUCUCUUUUACGAAAUCCUAUACAAUCUCGUGACUUCGACUUCAGUGGAAUAUAUUCUAGAAGACGUCGUCGUAGUCAGUCAGAGGUUGUGAGCAUCAUCGAGAAAGUAUUCAAUGAAUACAAAGGAUCGGAGAUUGACAGGUUAGUUUUGGUUAUCAAUCAUCUUGGUGUAGAAGAUAAAGUCAUCUCGUGGAUCAAUACAUGUCUUGAUAAAAACAUCAAAGAUAUCGCCCUAGAUUUCUCCAAAUCCAAAAAAGUUAUGGAGAUCCCGAUCAACUUCUCGGAUUUGGAGAGUCUACAAGAUUUGAAGCUGCGCUCAUGUAAAUUUGAGAUACCUGACAACACUCCAAAAGGUUUAAGGCUCUUGAGGAUGCUCUCACUUAUGCGGUGUGAGGUGAAGAAAGAGACGAUAGUUGCAAUUUUCAGCAACUGCUUCCACCUCGAGUCGUUGGAACUAACCGAAUGCCGGAUGGAUGGUAUGUUGAGCAUCCAGGCUAAGGAUCACAAGAAAUUCAAGUCGCUUGUUUUGUCUUCUAUGCGAGGGCUUUGGAACAUCCAUUUGGAUGCACCCUCUUUAGAAAUCUACAAAUACAAUGGAUAUGUCAUUCCAUUUAACUUUGAGAGAACAUAUGCACUUAAAGACGUAAACCUCCAUUACAAUCGGAACUUUAGUCCGAGUUAUUACGAUAGAAGUUUCUUUGUGGUUAUUAACAUGAGGUUCUUUAUAAACGUUUCUGUCCUCGCAGCAACAACAAUCUUUCUUGAGGUAAAUUAA